AUGGCUGACUCCGGUGCGGCGCCAGCCAACCCGGCUGCCGACAAGCCCACCAGCCCUCCCAAGUCUUCCCCGUCGCCGCAUAAGCAUCCCAGCCCGGCGAUCCCCCUCGGUCUGCAAGAAGCCGCCCUCGACUCCCCGACCUUCCGAUGCGUCGCCGUCCAUUUCGCCGAGCAGGUCGAGCAGGUCGAGCGCUGGCUCGACGGGUACAUGAAGUCAUGCUCCAAGGUCGUCCACGACAUCCUCGCGCUCGAGGAGACCAUAAAUGGCUUCCUCGGCAAAACCAUGCCCCCCAUGGCCGUCGCGACCGAUGGUCUCAUCGAUCCGGAUUACACAAUGCUCGCGCUGAGGAGGAGCAGUGAUGGUCAGCGGGAAUGGUGGAACCAGAUCUUGACAGUAAUGCGUCGCAUGGACAACCUGAACGUGGAACCAGUCCGCUCGUUCUUGAUUGGCGAGCUGAAAACUUUCAAGGAGACGAGAAGGACGUUGGACACUACACAGAAGGUAUUCGAUACCACACUGGCACGCUAUGUUUCGCAGAGCAAGACGAAAGAGCCAUCUGCCCUGCGCGAGGAUGCAUUUGCCGUGUACGAGACCCGCAAGGCCUAUCUCAAGGCAUCCAUGGACUUUUGCCAGCUUGCACCACAGCUUCGUUUCACGCUCGACAAAUUACUCGUGCGCAUUUCCACCGAUAUGUGGCGAGAAAUGAAGCGAUGGCGUGACAGCUCGUAUGCAUCCAACAAGUACGCACAGGAGAUGGACCGCGUCCGAGGAUGGUCAAAGGAGAUGGAGUCCAGCGAAGCUGUGUUCAAGCGCGAGCUGCAGGCUGCGAGGAGGGAUGUUGGCGAGAACGCGGUCGCCUUGUUUAAGCCGUCUCGGGAGCUGGAAGACUACAACAUAUCGACGGUCGCGUUUCUCGGCUCCAGAGGUCCUGUGAACGUUCAGCUGAAGGAAGAGGGUACUGUCAUCUCAGAAAAGCAAGGUUGGCUUUUCCUGCGGACCAUCACGGGAAAGCCUGCCAGGACAAACUGGGUCAGGCAUUGGUACUAUUGCCGGAACGGCAUCUUUGGAUGGCUGGUUCAAGGACCGCAAGGCGUCUUACAAGGUGACGAGAUCGGUGUGCUCCUAUGCGGCGCCCGCCCUGCGGUUUCAGAGGAACGGCGCUUCUGCUUUGAGGUCAAGACCAAGUCUCAAAACAUCAUGCUACAGGCCGAAACCCAGGCGGAGCUGGAGCAAUGGAUUGAGGUCUUCGAGAUUGCCAAGAAGCAGGCUUUCGAUGCUAGUGUGGCCAGAGACGCCAGUACGCUGCCAGGAGGCAUUGAUCCGGCCUUCGCCAUCACUCCGCCCACCAUCCCUGAGUUCUCGGCCAAGUCUCUGGAGGGAAUCGAGGACGGUCAGGAGAAAUCCGGCACUCUGCCAGUGCCUGGAAACGAUGCAUUGGCAACACGGUCCUCGUUUGAUGUAGGGGCUGCGCCGCGCCGCUCCGUUACAGGCUUGGCACGAGACAUUGCAAGAGAUCUUCCACGCGAGGAGGGCGAAAGUGGCAGAGAGCAUGCUGCACGCAUCAUGCAGAGGUUGGAACUUCACCGCAAGCUACCUCUUGGACGUGGGGAGUCAUCAGGUAUUGCCGGCCUAAUCUCAGCCAGUUCCAAUCUCCUGCCAGGAUACGCUGCCUACAACCAAUCUGUUACAAAUCUUGGCCGCUCUGUACCAGCCUUGCAGCCCAUAAGUGAGUUGAGUGGUAGCAGUCUCGCGCCUCCGACGCUGGCCAAAGCUCCUACGGCAACCUUUCUCAGCAAGACAGCGUUGUCUGUGAGUGCUGAACGGUCCGUCAGCUCAGAAAAUGGCAGCUGCCUGAGCUUACCAACUGCUGUGGUCGCCAACUACUGGGGCAGCAUCCCCUGGAGUACAUUAUAUCCGCCAAGGGAGGAUGACACGACGCAUCUCAGACUGGAGGAUGACCCACUGCUUUCAGCAAAUGCGCAAACCUUGCCUGCCAGUGGUGACACCUCCAAUAUGGGCAGCCAUGCGCCAUCGACGCUUCAUCGGAAAACUCUGAGCGCCGGGGGCAACACCUCCGAUUUCAAACUCCUGGAGAAGUCCGCCGGCGAGACAUUCCCGUCGAAAUACCCGGUUGAGCUCAAGGCACACCACCCACAAUUCAGGCUCUUAUUCCCCAACGUGCCACUCGAUGAAAAGCUGGUCAUGGUAUUCAAUGCUGCCUGGACGAGCACUUCAGUUGAGGGCUCUGGCAGUGGCAAUGGCAUCAUGGGAAAUGGCCGCAUCUACGUCACUUCUGAUAACAUGUACUUUUACGGUCACCAGAUGGGCUUGGUGGUUGCUUACACGCUCAGUUUGGACAUCAUCUCGGAGGUGACAGCGGCUCCAGGAAAGGACUGCGAUUUCUUAUUCUUACACCUCAGCCACAAGAUGAGCACCGAUGGCUUGACUCGCAUCACCAUCAAGACAUUUUUGAUGGAUCUAGGACUUCUUCAUUCCCGACUGAAUCUUCUCGUGGAUGAUCUUCAGGCUGAGGAACCGAUGGAGGUACCGGAUGUCAUCGCCGCGCUCUUGAACCUGGAGAGUGACGAAUAUGAGAGGAAGAGUCCAAGUGCCGAGAGCUGGGAAGAAGUCUCCCCUAACACCCCGAUAGAUGAUGGCACUGCAUCGGGCAGGCCUGUCUUUAAGGGUGGCUAUGGGGCCAGAGAUAGGUCAUCGAGACAGGUGCGGAAACCAGUUCCCAAGUUCCAGCUUCCAGUGCACCCAGUUGUGUACGAGCCCGAGGGUAUGGGCGAGGCGGUCGAAGAGCGUCACUUUGAGAUCAGCGCAAAGGCAUGUUUUCACGUGCUAUUUGGCGACAAGUCGUUUAUCUUCCCCAAACUGUACUUCGAGCGGCGCGCCAAGGAGAUCGCCCAAGGCCCUUGGCAGCUUAUUGAUCAUGGCAAGAUGAAGCGAGACUUCAAGUUCAAGGUCGAUUCAGUCGGCUUCAUGGGCCGCGCCAAACACGGCGAGGACGUGACUGACUUCCAGCUCAUUGACGUAUUCAGCGACCACAUCACCUACCUGGUCACACACGUCAAGACGCCGUGGCAUCUGCCUCACUCCUCCUCGUUCAAGUUGAUCACCAAAGUUGUCAUCACGCAUGUCGCCAAGUCGAAGUGCAAGCUCGCGCUCUACACCAAGGUUGAGUGGUCUAAGACGCCACCACUGUCAAAGGCUCUCGUGCAGCGACAGGCUCUCGAGGACGCGCGACGCGACGCGGAAGAGCUGGCAGAAGUGGCGACAGACCAGGUGCGCAAACUGGGGGCACAUAGCCGCACCAAGAGGGCGAUCCAGGUGUAUGGCAACAUUGGAGGCCAGCAGCAGGUGGUUGUGUUCACCCCCGGGGAGGCGUCACAGACAGAUGAGGCCGGAGUCAAGAAGGGCUCGCAGAUGAUCCAGCCGAGGACUUUGACGGAAAUGGUGUUCGAAACGGUGCGGAGCUUCAUGGAGAGCGUGGCAACCAGCCUGCUGAUGUGGACAUUCGCGGGUGUGCGAAAGAUUUUCAGCGUUGUGACAGCGCACCGGGUGAUACUAGCUGUGCUGGCUGUGAGCGUCCUUACAAAUCUUGCCUUCACUGGCCGCGAAGGAUCGACGUGGUGGACAGAGAGGAGUGCGGCAAAGUUCAUGGGUCGAAUGGGCGUGGGCCCCAACGUCAUGAUGAGCAAGGCUGUCUACAUUGCCGACCUGGAUGAUGCGGCUCUGGCGUCGGUGGUCGCGGCUCCCGAGGGUGGGAGUGAGUGCUACGAUACAUUCCGCCAGAUCUUGAACACGACGUCCUUGGACUCGUCGUACGAAGAGGCGGGCGCGGCCCUCGCGUCGAGCUCCAGCAAGGCCACGGCUCGGCAAAUCCGGCGCACUCGCCAGCGACUGGGGUCGUACCGCCAUGACCUACUCGUCGCGAUGCGGGUUGUCAACAGCAUCGAAAAGGAGAUGAUCCAGAGCGAGUGGGAGAAUUGGCUCGCGGACGAGAACCUGCGGUGCGACCAGGUCAAGAUGAUGCUGUCUGAAAAGACUGGCAGCAGCAGUAGCAGCAGCAGCAGCAGCAGCAAGGCGGCGGCCAGCACCACCGGGGUUGGUGGUGAUGGGCAAAAAGUCAUGCGGCCUAUCGAUGAGAAGAGAGUCGAGGCUCUUGCGCAGUGGCACGCCGAGUACUGUGGGAGCUGUAAGCUGGAGAAGGACAAGGCUCUGGCGAAGAGGAUGAAGAUGGUGGACGUGUAG